UACAGGACCAUGCUGCUGCUGGCUGUGGUGGCGUCCGCGCUGUCCUUGCGCCAGCUGGCCACGGCCUCGUCGCCGGAAAUUGUCCGUACCACGCGCGACCGGGAGGCCAUGUUCAAGACGCUACACCUACUGCGGGAGAUGGAGGACGCCUUCGGCAAGCUGUCGCGGCCCAGCUGGACCGUCGGGACAGGGCGUCAGCUAGGUAGUGAGCUGCCGACGGAAACCCUCUGGGUACAGAGACGGGCUACCGGCAGAAUUAGCCCCGAACAGUACCUGCGGCUGCUGAACAUCGACAGGGAGUACUCCCACCGGAGUAGACCUAGAUUUGGGAAGCGUACUGUUGUUCCUUAUCGGCUCAGUGAUGAUGAUUCAGAGGAAGAGCCAGGGCUACUACGCCGCCUGCUUGAACAACGAUGAACGAGUCCUCCACAGCAACAAAUCUCUCUCCGCCCGCGAGGAUACACGGGCGCCGCGCGUCCGCGCCGCAUUAGCCCCGUCCGGAGCACGCUUCUGGACGCCGUCUUGCCCAGGACAGCCGAGACUGGUGACACCGCUGGAACGCGCGGUUCUGGACCGGCGCUGACAGUGGAAUACUAGUGGAGUCUUAUGUUUACUUGUUUUUAGUGAAGACUGUCAAGUGGGCUCUUUCCUUAGUUUCUUAGCAGUUUGCGACCUGUUGUGACGAUGUGGUAUUUGAUCUGUCAUGAAACACUCAAACUCGUGAUUCAAGUAUGUAAAUGAUUGUUCGGCGCUCCUUACAUCAUAGUGAAGCAUUCUUAAGGUUUUUCUGUUCAUACCCAUUUAAAAUGGUAACACGAUGUGCCGUUUGAGCCUUUACCGGUGGCUGUGUUUGUUCUGCAGAAACACACGACACGAAAACAUUACCGUAUUUAUUAUUUAGCUUUACGAAGCGCUGAUGUAGUAAAAAGUAUUUUGUUGGUCUCCGAAAUAAA